AGGCUAGCAGCCAAACAACCAACCAACCGACCAUCCAGCCAGUCAGCCAGCCCCAAGUCCCCAACAAAAUAACGAAAAAGGCGAACCGCGACACACCACACCACACCGCACCACAGAAUUUUAUACAACACAGUAACACCAUCAACAAGCACCACUACGGCCACCAGCCACCAGCAGCAGCAAGCAACCGCAGCAGCAACGUUGGCGGUGAGUUAAAUAAAAAAACAUAUGAAAUUAGUACAAUUCGUGAUUUCAACGGUGAACGACGACGAAACGGUACGUAUGUGCGCGCUCGAAUGUGUUAAACAACAAUCAAGUUGCGGCUGCUGCAAAACCAAUAGCAAACCCCACUACAACCAACCAACAACAACCAGAAAGAAGGCCCACCAACAACAGCAACAACCAGAGAAAACCAGAAAUACAGCAUCAUCACCAAACAGACAGGCAGGCAGGCACUGCAGAAGAAACCAAAAACCAGUUAAGAUCGACGUAAAAUUUGGCCAAAUACCACGCUAAACGAGACAAAAACAAGUAAUAAACACUCAUCAUCCGCGACGUCCACCAGGCCACAGCACAAAAACACCUUAACACGAAACGGCCACAACUCCGUGAGGAGGCGCACCAGAGGAUAGGGAAGUAGGAAGAUUUUGAGACACUUGUUUGUUGGGUGCCCACAGCCAGCUAACCUACUGCUCAUAUGAACGGGUCAAGUCGGCAGCACCAGCGACAAACUGUAUUCCAUUCUCCUUUUUAACGUACCCUGUCCUCCCUUUCCCUAACCCUGCACCAAUUUGGUUGGGCCCCUACCCCUCCUUCUGCACAACGACCAAAACCACCUCAUCUAACAUGUAUAACAAAGGCAACUGCAACUCCAGCUCUUCCGCAACUGCUACCUCUAGCACUGCUGCCGCGGCCUCCGCCACCAGCUCCACCACGGCAAGCAACAACAGUCCGGCGACGACGGGCUCCAAUGAUCGCAUCGAAUGGUCACGUGCCACCAUCCUCGGUUUCAUUGAAGACUAUCGGCGACAACGUGUGCUCUGGGAUCCCAAUACCAAGGGCUAUCACAUUAAGCAGACCAAAUACGAAGCUCUCAAGGCGUUGGGACAAAAGUAUGGUGCAGAAAUCCGUUCGAUUCGCUCGAAAAUCAAGAGUUUACGUUCCUCCUUCCAUCGCGAACAUGGCAAAGUAAUUAACGGUCGUCGCAAGGGUCUCAAUUAUCAACCCAUGUGGUUUGCCUACGAUGCCAUACGAUUCAUUCUGGAUGGCGAAACUGGAGAUUCCGAUGAGGCCGAAGGAGCGCCCAAGAACGACACAUUGGAUAGUACGAGCGAGAGCACUCACAAUAAUGCAAACAACAACAACAGCUUGAGCCUAUUGGGCUGGAGUGGUCAUGCGACCGAUGAGGAACUAGCGGAGGAGCGUAAAAUUUCUAGUCGUGAUAUUGAACAGUUCAAUAAUCAUUUCUUGGCACUGGGCCUACAAGCUCGUCAUCCCAUGGCAAUGUUAGCGGCAGUGGAAGCAGCUGCCGCUGCCUCUGCUCUUUCAGCGGUUGCUCAAGAAAAACGUCAAAAAGAGCAAGAUUAUGCUCUCCUCAAACAGCAACAACGAAAACAAAAGCCUGAUAACGAUGACGGCGGAGACGACGACAAUGGCAAUAAACAUGACGACUCUUCAACACCACCUAAGCUAAACAAGAUCGAAUUAUCCAACAAUAACAGUGCCAACCUCAACUCCACGCUGUCGCCUUCUCCCACCGCAACCAUCGUUGCUGCUGCUGCGCUCAACACAAUUUCGAAACCCUUUGCAAGUCCAAAACCUUCCUCGCCAUUAGUUGUGGCCCCAACAACAACAUCGUCCAGUACACCACCUCCAACACUACAGGUCCCUCCGCCAUCAUCGCAAUCUCAACUUACACCACCACAAAAUCCACCGUCCUCCUCAACUGCGGCUACGACUACGUGCUCUCCAGAAAAUUAUAAUGUUUUACACGGAUCACGUAGCUUAGAUGAAAAUUCUGCCGCCGCUAUUGGCAACAUUGUUGGCGCGACUGCAAUUUCCAGUCUUCCGAUAACGGCUGUGACACGUAACUCCGAUUUUGAUAGCAGCGAGUACUGUAACAUCAGUGCCGAGGAUGUUAAAACUGAAAUUUUUGAAAGUGAUUCCAACGAGUUGACGAUGCUUGAGAGCACACGCACUUCCACUCCAGUGCCACUGAAUUAUCACAAAAAUGCCACCGACUUGACAAUGCACCGCAAUGGCGGCAACAGCAAUGGCAACACCAUCAGCAGCAGUAAUGGCAUCGUUAACCUUAAUGCCAGCAACAUCAUAGGAAGUGCUGGUGGUGGCGCAGGCAGUAGUCGCAAACGUAAAACUCAAAUCCAUUUGAAUGCGAAUCUCCUCACCCUAGAUACCGGUGAUGCACCAUCACCCUCCAAAUUACAACAACAUUCCAACAAUGCUCUACACUCCAGACAAUGUGAUUAUCUGAACAACCUCAAUGGCGGAGCUGGAUACUCCGCCAACAUAUACAAUGGCAAUAGCAGCAAUAAUCAUCCUACCUCUAGCAGCUCGGCCGGUGGCGGCUCCAAUGCAUCGUUGGGCAUCAACUCAGGAGGCGGGGGCUCUAAGCCUAGCAGCACACCGAUUGAUGAAUACGGAGUCUUUGGUGAAUAUGUGGCCAUAACCAUACGCAAGCUGAAGACUUCAAAGGCCAAAAUUGUGGUGAAACACCUUAUCAACAACCUGCUGUAUGAGGCCGAAAUGGGUAAAUACGAUCAAGGUAUACCCUCAUGCAAAGAACCGCCAGAACUUUACAAAAUGUGAUAUGUAUCAAUAACGAAGGAAUGAAGGAGAAAUAGAGAGACCCAAAAAAUACAAAAACUUAAAGAAAGACAAAAUUCUAAAAAUUUAUUGGAGAGGUGUUUCGCAAUUUAACUUUAAGUGGUUAGCGAGCUUUAGAAUUUAAACGAUUGUUGUUAAACUUGUUAAAAUUCAUUUUCUAAUGUUUCCUUUUCAAUUAAUUAAAAUUAGAGAAAACCUUUGCUCUCCUCUAAAGGAGUGAAGGCUUGUUUUGCAACAUCUCAGAUAUAGAUUAGCAUUCUUUGAAUCAAUGAAUGAGUUACUUUGCUUAAACUUAUGUUACCUUGAACACUAGUCAAUUUGUGUUUCAAAUAAAAUCAGGGAUUAAUAAAAUCAAUAUAUUUUAUUAAAAUCAACCUCAUAAAAUCACACAACCAUAAAAGAGAAAGCAAACGCAAUAAAACAUAGCUGCUUAAUGUUGAAAAUGAAUUAAUUUUAUAAAAAAAAAACCUAAAAAAUAUAGAGGAGUACGUAGUUUUAUUUGUUUUAGUUCAUUCUUAAUUCACACAUAUUAUUAUUUUUACUCUUUUUUUGUUAUUCAAUAAUAAUAAUAUUCAAUUGAUAAUAUUAUAUCGUUUAAUUAUAUUAUUACUAGCAAACGCGUAUGUUAUUAUUUAAAAAACAAAAACACAUGAAAUAUUUAAAUAAGUAACCUAAUAGUGUUGGGGCUUGAGUAUUCUACUAGGCAGCCCUUUCGCUACUCUUACAACUCAGGUGCCUUUUUUGUAGUCAUUUAAGUUUUGUUAACAAUCUUUGCUAAAUACAAUUCACAGAGAUUGAUUGGAAUAGAAGUACCUUAUGUUAUGAAUACGUUGAAAUAUCGUAAUAAGAAGAUAUUGUUUCUCUUUUCCUCUUUAUUUUUAUUUUCUUUAUACCAUACCUAUAAUGAUUUUUUUCCUCCUAUAUAGAAUACAUAUUUUAAGUU